UUGAUAAUGCCCAAAAGAGUUACGUUCUACAGCUAAGUAGACACACAUACUAAAACAGCUCUAUAAUCCCCCCUUUACUAUUCAUUAUGAGAAAAACAAAAUAAUAAUGACAUAUCAAUAUUCAUGUUCUCCUUUGUUUUUGUACUGUCUCAGCCUUAUGAUUAUAGCUAGGUUCUUGUCAAUUAAUAUUGCAUCCUCAAGUUUUUUACAUUUUAUCCACUCUCCACUUCCUCCAUACAAUUGUACUUCAAUUUGUAAUUUAAAACGACCAACAUCUUGUAUUGACUAAUCUAAACUAAACAUAGUGUAUACAUUAAAUUAUUGAGAAGAGAUUGUGUUUUGAUACUCUCUAUUUCAGCAUGAUCAUGAUGAUUCCUUGAUGACCGAAAAUGAAAUUUUAUUAUUUCAGAUUUUUCCGUGGAGUGUGAAUCAAGAAUCAUGAGAAAAUUACCAACAGUAUUAGUCACUACAUUAAUCAGCAUCGUUGAUAUGGCAACAAUAACCAUUUUAUUUUGUCAUGGAAACAAAUUUAAGCAUCAUCUACAACAAGGACUGCACCAUUUUUCAUUCCAAAGAUCUGUUUUUGAUUUGUUUGUAUUUGGAUUUUUACGAUUCUGUCUCACCAUGGGGCUUUCACUAUCUGUUUUCAGAUAUUCAUAUGAUUCUAUUUAUAGAAUAAGAAAAAUUAAAACUGUGAUAUUUAUAGCUUCUUUAGCAACAAGUAUAUAUACAAUUAUAAAACUCCUAAUACGAUCAGAAGUUCCAGGAACAUUGACAGAUAAGUGGUUUUGGUUGAUAUUUUCUUGGACACACAUAUCUUGUUUAUGGAUGUCUCUUCAUUGCUUAUUUUUAAGUAAAAUUUACAUAAACAUUGAGGUGAAUAACACGAGUAUAAACAAAGAAGAUGGAGAUGAAGUAGAAAGAGAACCUUUGAUUGGAUCCAGUGAUGAACAAAGUGACCAAUCACCAAAGACGACUGCCAAAGUUACUAUAUUUAGACUUUUUUCCCACUCAAAGCCAGACAUACCAUUUAUAAUCAUGGGAUUUAUAUUUUUGACCAUAUCAUCUACAGGACAGAUAUUUAUACCAUACUACACUGGGGAAGUUGUAGACAGUAUUGUUAUAGAGAAAUCUCAGAAGAAAUUUACCCAAUCAAUUAUAAUCAUGGCUGUCAUAUCUGUUAUAAGUUCUAUUACAGCUGGUUGUCGAGGUUGGUGUUUCAGUUUAGCUAUGGCACGUUUAGGAAUAAGAGUACGGAACAGAUUAUUUGGAUCUGUAAUAGAACAAGAAAUAGGCUUCUUUGAUAAAGUAAAAACAGGGGACAUAACCUCACGUUUGACCUCUGACACAACAGUGAUGACAGACACAGUAACCUUGAACAUGAAUAUAUUUACACGUAACCUGAUAUUAAGUGUUGGAAUCAUUGUGUUUAUGUUCAAGUUGUCAUGGAGACUAUCUUUGUUGACGUUGAUAGCGUUCCCCAUUGUGUUGGGUGUGUCUAAAGUGUAUGGGGAAUAUUAUAGAGAUCUGGCCUCAAAAGUUCAGGAUGCUUUAGCUGCAGCCAAUAAUGUUGCAGAAGAAGCUUUGUCCGCCAUCAGGACCGUCAGAAGUUUUGCUAAUGAAGACGGAGAGAAAGACCGUUACAGAACAUCACUUGAUAAAGCCUACAAAAUAAACGUCAAACAAGCAAACGUGUACGCUGGUUAUGUAUGGUGUACACAGCUUUUUGAACUUGGUUUGACUGUUGCAGUAUUAUACUAUGGAGGUCAUCUAGUACUGACAAAGACUUUAUCUGGUGGUAACCUUGUGUCUUUCAUACUGUAUCAAAUGCAGCUAGGAAACUGUAUAGAUGAAAUUGGUGAAGUAUUCACUGGAUUGAUGCAGGCAGCAGGAGCAUCAGAAAAAGUGUUUGAAUACAUUGACAGGGAACCAGUUGUAAAAAAUACAGUCAAGGACAUAAUAGAUACAGAGUCUGUGAUUGGCCAGAGUGAAGAUGAAUCAGACAAGAUUUCUGGUCUGAUUGAAUUCAAGAAUGUUACAUUUGCAUAUCCUUCAAGACCAGACACUAACGUGCUUAAGAAUGUGUCGUUCACUGUCCAGCCAGGAGAAGUUGUAGCCUUAGUUGGACCGAGUGGAGGAGGUAAAUCAUCGUGUAUUAAUCUACUAGAACAUUAUUAUGAACCAAUCACAGGACAGAUCUUACUGGACCAGAAACCAGUACAGGAAUAUGAUCACAAAUUCUUACAUAACAAGAUAUCCUUAGUUGGACAGGAACCUGUAUUGUAUGCAAGGUCAAUCAAGGAUAACAUAGGGUAUGGAUUAAGUUCAGAUAUUACCAUAGAAACGGUGCAACAUGCUGCUGGAAUGGCUAAUGCCCAUGCAUUUAUUAUGGAAAUGGAGAAACAAUAUGAAACAGAGGCUGGAGAAAAAGGACAACAGUUAUCUGGAGGUCAAAAACAAAGAAUUGCUAUUGCCAGAGCAUUAAUCAGAAAGCCAGUGGUCCUAUUACUAGAUGAAGCUACCAGUGCUUUAGAUUCUGAAUCAGAACACCUAGUCCAACAAGCUAUCUACCAGAACCUGAAGGGAAGAUCAGUAAUCAUUAUAGCUCAUCGACUCAGCACUGUAGAGAAAGCUGACCGAAUCAUUGUAAUAGAUAAAGGCUGUGUUAUCGAGGAGGGUACACACUCAGAACUACUCAGAAAUAAUGGCAAAUAUGCUAGUCUGGUCCAACGACAACUAUUACAAACUGAGGAAGAAGUAGAAGAAAGAGUUAUCUCCCAUGAUAAUGAUAGACUUGGCGUAGGAAUUGCCAAGAGAGAUAUAGGAUUACAUUUUAGGUCUACAUGUCUAAUCACUUCUUCUAGCUGGCACUGAUUAUUUAAGUCAAACUUUAACAGUCUAUCAUCUACAAGAAUAGAAAAAUUACAUUUGAGUUUUUGGAACUUUUUAAGUUAAGGUACAAAAUUAUUCAUUACUGUAAAUUUGGAAAUUAUUGCAAUUUUGUCGUUUUAGACUAAAAUGAAAUUUUAUUUUUUGCAAUAUUGAGAAACAUCCC